CCUCGCACUCAGCGCCUGCCUCCCUCGCAGCGUGGGGCUCCAAUGGGGGAUGAGAAGGAUUCCUGGAAAGUGAAGACCUUGGAUGAGAUCCUGCAGGAGAAGAAGCGGCGGAAGGAGCAGGAAGAGAAGGCUGAAGUCAAGAGACUGAAAAACUCUGAUGACCGGGACUCCAAGCGAGACUCCCUGGAGGAGGGUGAGCUGCGGGAGCACCGCAUGGAGAUCACCAUCCGAAACUCACCGUGCCGGAGGGAGGACUCGCUGGAGGACAGGGGUGAGGAGGACGACUCUCUGGCCAUCAAGCCACCCCAGCAGAUGUCGCGCAAGGAGAAGACCCACCACAGGAAAGACGAGAAGAGGAAAGAGAAGCGGAGGCAUCGCAGCCGCUCAGCUGAAGGCGGAAAGCACGCCAGGGUGAAGGAGAGGGAGCACGAGCGGCGGAAGCGGCACCGCGAGGAGCAGGACAAGGCACGCCGCGAGUGGGAGCGACAGAAGCGGCGGGAGAUGGCGAGAGAACAUUCUAGAAGAGAGAGGGACCGGCUGGAGCAGCUGGAGAGGAAGCGGGAGCGAGAGCGCAAGCUGCGGGAGCAGCAGAAGGAGCAGCGCGAGCUCAAGGAGCGGGAGCGGCGGGCUGGCGAACGGCGCAAGGAGCGGGAGGCCCGCCGGGAAGUGUCUGCACAUCACCGCUCCACGCGAGAGGACUACAGUGAUCGGGGGAAGGCCAGCCACUGGAGCCGCAGCCCCCUGCGACCCCCCCGAGAACGCGUGGAGCUGGGUGAUGGCCGGAAGCCAGUGAAGGAAGAGAAGGCGGAGGAGAGAGACCCGCUCUCAGACCUGCAGGACGUCAGCGACAGUGAGCGGAAGACCAGCUCGGCCGAGUCCUCGUCAGCCGAGUCAGGGUCCGGGUCGGAGGAGGAAGAGGAGGAAGAGGAAGAGGAGGAAGAAGGCAGCACCAGUGAAGAGUCGGAGGAAGAAGAGGAGGAGGAGGAGGAGGAAGAGGAGGAGGAGGAGGAGACAGGCAGCAACUCAGAGGAAGUGUCGGAGCAGUCUGCAGAGGAAGUGAGCGAGGAGAUGAGCGAUGAGGAGGAGCAGGAAAGCGAGAGCCGCGUGCUGGUUGUUCCAGAGUCACGCUUUGACCGCGAUUCGGGGGGAAGUGAAGACGGGGAGAAAGAGGUGGGUGAGGGCACCCCGCGGAGCAGUGCCCUGACCGAGGGAGACUGUGUGCCCGACUCGCCGGCCCUGUCGCCGCUGGAGCUGAAGCCGGAGCUGCCCAAGUACCUGCCGGCCCUGCAGGGCUGCCGGAGCGUGGAGGAGUUUCAGUGUCUGAACAGGAUUGAGGAGGGCACCUACGGCGUCGUGUACCGAGCCAAGGACAAGAAGACAGACGAGAUCGUGGCUCUGAAGCGGCUGAAGAUGGAGAAGGAGAAGGAGGGCUUUCCCAUCACGUCCCUGCGUGAGAUCAACACCAUCCUCAAGGCACAGCACCCCAACAUCGUCACGGUCAGGGAGAUCGUGGUGGGCAGCAACAUGGACAAGAUCUACAUAGUCAUGAACUACGUGGAGCAUGACCUCAAGAGCCUCAUGGAGACCAUGAAGCAGCCCUUCCUGCCAGGGGAGGUGAAGACCCUAAUGAUCCAGCUGCUGCGCGGGGUGCGGCACCUGCACGACAACUGGAUCCUGCACCGCGACCUCAAGACAUCCAACCUGCUGCUCAGCCACGCUGGCGUCCUCAAGGUGGGUGACUUCGGGUUGGCCCGGGAGUACGGGUCCCCGCUGAAGGCCUACACCCCCGUGGUCGUGACGCUGUGGUACCGUGCCCCGGAGUUGCUGCUGGGGGCCAAGGUGAGUGGCGGGGACUCCUGGCCCUGUGGCAGGUGUGCCCAGCCAGCCGGCCCCCUGAGCCCUGUGGCCUGGCCCCCCCAGGAGUACUCGACAGCCGUUGACAUGUGGUCUGUGGGCUGCAUCUUCGGGGAGCUGCUAACCCAGAAGCCGCUGUUCCCUGGCAAGUCAGAGAUUGACCAGAUCAACAAGGUGUUCAAGGACCUGGGCACCCCCAGCGAGAAGAUCUGGCCAGGCUACAGUGACUUGCCUGCCGUCAAGAAGAUGACCUUCAGCGAGUACCCGUAUAACAACCUGCGCAAGCGCUUCGGGGCACUGCUCUCGGACCAGGGCUUCGACCUCAUGAACAAGUUUCUGACCUACUUCCCCGGGAGGAGGAUCAGUGCCGAGGACGGGCUCAAGCAUGAGUACUUCCGGGAGACACCACUGCCCAUCGACCCGUCCAUGUUCCCUACGUGGCCUGCCAAGAGCGAGCAGCAGCGAGUGAAGCGGGGCACCAGCCCCCGGCCACCUGAGGGAGGCCUGGGCUACAGCCAGCUGGGCGACGACGACCUGAAGGAAACCGGCUUCCACCUCACCACCACCAACCAGGGCGCCUCGGCCGCGGGCCCCGGCUUCAGCCUCAAGUUCUGAGCCCCAGGAGGGCCCUGCAGCCGCAUCCUCGCUGACCGCAUUCACCACCUUCUGUUUUUAUACUUUGGUUUGUAAAUUUGUGGAAUAAAACACCAUUUUCCUGUG